AUUCUUUGGGUUUCCUCAAUCAUGAAUUCCAGACUGGCUCGACGCAUGGCGGUUUUCGCUGUCGUGGCUGUUGUGGCAGUUCUCGGCAUUGCUCGCAUGCGAGACGAAGCCAUGGCCGAGCGAAACAAGGUGCCGCCGUUCUUGACACGGAGCGCGGAAUCCGCGAGCGACGAGCAGGCGCUUCGACAACUCCAGCUGGCCCAGGCUGAGGCCGUCCGACGCCAGGCUGCCUUCGACCAGACUGCGGACAGGCAGGACAGUCAGCUGCAAGAGCUCAGGCAGCGGCAUGCACAGGAGCUGGCUGCACUGCAGACGCGCAACGACGCUGCCAGCAUGCUCCUCAACAGCAUCCAGACGGCGACCACGUACUUUGCCUCGGCCAAGCAGCGCCGCGACAGCACGGGCUCGCAGCAGUCUCCUCCUCCGGCUGGCGAUGCUGCUGCUCAAUGGGACGGCGCCACCCUGGUGCGGGAAAUCCGCAACGCCGCCAUGUCGCCCCGCGCCGCCACCUGCGAGACCAUCCACAUUGUGGUUGUGUGCGCUGGCUUCCGGUCGGUGCGCAUGAUGGUCCCGCUGCUCAAGUCCAUUCUGUUCUACCGCACCAACCCCUUGCACCUCCACUUUGUCGUCGACGAGGCGUCGCGCGAGCCGAUCGGCACCUUGAUUGAGACGUGGAACUUGAGCCGCGUCGAGCUGUCGCUGUACGACCUGGCGCCGUUCGAGAGCAAGGUGGCGUCCAUCCCGACCGUGCACUACUCGGGCAAGUUUGGCCUCAUCAAGCUGGUCUUGGCCAACAUUCUGCCAGAGUCGGUCACGCAUGUGCUCAGCCUCGAUACGGACUUGCUCUUCAUGCGGGACGUGGCACACCUGUGGGGCCACUUUUCAGAGUUCACCGAGGACCAAAUGUUUGGCCUGGUGGAAAACCAGUCAGAGUGGUACAUUGAGCAGGAGGCGCGCAGCAGCAAGACCACCUCUGCCUCCAAGCUGUUGCCGAGCCUGCCGUGGCCCGCGCUGAGCCACGGUUUCAACACUGGCGUCAUGCUUCUCCGCCUUGACCGCCUUCGCCUUCGUGCAUGGGACGAGACUUGGCUGAGCGUGGCCAUGAAGGAGUUGGCUCUCCGACCCGCUGGCAAGCAGACCACACAGCUCGCCGACCAGGACGUUAUCAACGCGGUGGCUCUCACCCAGUCUUCGAUCGUGUACCGCCUCCCGUGCACAUGGAACCUCCAGCUGAGCGACAACUCGUUGGCGGCUCCUUGCGUGAUUGCAGCGUUGAACGGCCACGACAGCGUCAAAAACUGGCAGGUUUCCACGUUUGCCCCCGAGGGCAACCCCAGCGACCCCAAGACGGUCAUCUCCAAGCUCAAGAACGCGCCGGAAGCCGUCGGCAUUGUCCACUUCAACUCACCCCGCAAGAUGAAGGUGCAAAACGCCUUCACCGAGUACUACCGCCAUCUCCACGCCACCUUUUCGCAGCUGGACGGCUCGACGCUCCGCCGCGAGCUCAUCUCGUGUCGCCCCGAACUUCUCGACCCCGCAACGAGCUCGCACGCCAUGCAUUCAGAGGCCGAGGUCGAAAGCGACGAUCCGUGCAUCGAGUACCGUCUUGCAGCCAGCACCAAGCCGCGCACACACGUUUACUACUUUGACUACAUUCCUCCCACAGCCAAGGAGACGGGCCAGGAGGUGACGUGGAUUUCCCAAAUGUCGUGGGAUCGUCUGGGCAUGCUCGAGCAGAUUGCAGAGCGAUGGAGCGGUCCGCUGUCGAUUUCUCUCUACCUCAAUGACUAUGACGUUGAUGAUCUUGUUGACCAUUUCGAGACCUCUGAUAUUCUCCGCACACGCAAGAACAUUGCGUUGCAUCUCGUGUUCAAGGAAGGAACCCUCUUCCCUGUCAACUACUUGCGAAAUGUGGCGCUGGACCAUGCCACCACCCCGUAUGUGUUCUUGGCCGACAUCGACUUUUUGCCAAGCGCGCAGAUGGCAACCUAUUUGGCCUCCAUGGCUGCAAGCCUCGACUUGGACAACAAGAACCUCCCGAAAGCUUUGGUUGUGCCAGCCUUCGAAACCUUCCACUACAAGUUUGCCUUCCCUGCCAACAAGAACAAGCUGAACUCGAUGCUCGACGCCGAGUCGAUUGUUUCCUUCCGCGCCAACGAGUGGCCGCGAGGGCACUCGCCGACCGAUUUCAACAAGUUCCGACUGGCCACGGCGCCCUAUGUUAUUCAAUGGCAAGAAGACUUUGAGCCGUACAUUCUCGUUCGUCGAGAUGUGCCCCGAUACGACCCUCGCUUCCUGGGCUUUGGCUGGAACAAGGUCUCGCACAUUUACGAGUUGAUGAAGCGCGGCUACCAGUUCAUUGUGGUGCCCGACGCCUUCUUGAUUCACUUGCCACACAGCCCUUCGCCCGACAUUCGCAAGUACCGCCGCGACGCCACAUAUCGGACAUGUCUUGCCAGGCUGAAGGAAGAAUUCCAGCAACAAUUCUCAUAGUUGACACGUUUUAAGAUUUGUGUAUUGUUUUCUUUUGUAUGAUACGCUCAAGUUGGAGCAUUAUUAAAUUCUUCUUGGUUGACGUAGUGUAUUGCUC